AUGGGUUCCAGUUUGCAAUUCUUUGUUUCGUUGGUUUGCCUCUUGGCACUGUCUCUCUUCCUGAAUCGAAGAAUUGCCACGGAUGGCUCAUCUGCCACGGACCAAUCUCAUCUAACGAAUCAUCAUGACAGCCCGAAGAACAUCAUCACGACGACGACUAAUCCCAAUAACACAUCAAGUGUCUUUCCUUUGAACCUUUCGGAUUCGGCCUUUUCCUUGGACCAGUACAAGACCUUGCUGGAAGAACCCUAUCGGUCGUAUCCCUGUCAACCCAAACGAAUCCACAUUUCACAACUCAACAAUGUGCACGAGAUCCCCUUUCCUCCCGAUGAAACCAAUUUCCACAAUCAAUCUACCUUGGCGGUGGUAUCCAUGACAAUCUCCUUUAUGCUCGAUCACGACAACUGCGCGGACGCAAAACCCAAAAUCACCUGCCGGCAAGGGUUCCACAGGAAUUUUCGUCCAGCAAAAGACAAGAAGAAGCAACAAGAGGCCACUGUCGGAACGACGGCUCAUGAAAUGCUGCGAUUGGGUCGACGCCGUGCGGCUGCUGCCGAGUCCAAAAUUGUGGUAGGCGCCACUCCCGAAUACAGUUUCGUGACACCACCUUUGCCACACACACCAACUGCCAUUGCUUUGGUCGGAGAUCUGGGGCAGACGGUCAAUUCCACCAAGACUAUGGCACAUAUCUUUCAUGAUUCACGGUCCGAAAACAACAACAACAAGAAUCCCACAACUCUCUUGCUCAUCGCGGGCGACAUGCCGUAUGCCGAUUCGGAUCCACAACGAUGGCAUUCUUGGUUUGAUCUCAUGGAACCACUGACUCGUUCCCUGACAAUGCACGUGGCAGCGGGAAACCACGAAAUUGAAUGUGACAAUGUCACACUGGAAAUAUUCAAGCCGUACGAACACUUCUUUAAGAAUCCCAACCGUAUCUUUGAGGCGCAGUUAGAACCCAUCACCAAAGAGUACAGACAAUCCCUACCGGAUCAGUAUUGCAGCACGCCCUCUGAGUUCCAGGGAGCUUACAACUACGGGAAUGCUUUCUAUUCCUUUCAUCACGGUUUGGUCCAUUUCAUUGUUCUUAGUUCGUACAGUGACAGCCGAAAGGGGUCGAGGCAAUAUGACUGGCUCGUGGAAGAACUUACAUUGAAUGUCAACCGAACCUUGACUCCUUGGGUGUUGGUAUCGUUCCAUUCUCCACUCUACACAACUUUCACGGGGCAUGUCAAUGAACAACAAUCAAUACAGAUGAAGCAGGCGAUGGAACCAGUGUUCCAAGAGGGAGGUGUCAACUUGGUCAUUUGUGGACACGAUCAUGGAUAUAUGAGAAGUCACAGCCUUCUAGUCAAUGGCACGGUGGAUCCAACGGGUACCUCGCCCGUAUACCUUACCCUUGGAGCCGCCGGGAAUCGCGAACAACACUCUCGUGGGUACCGCAACGAGACAACCCCCGAGGACUUUGUAGCCAUGAGAGACCUGCGGGACUUUGGCUACGGCAAUCUGCUCGUCACCAACGCAACACACGCCAUACUCAACUGGGUAAGAGAUGGUGUCACAAAGGAGGGUAUUGAUGACAAGAACGUUUGGAUCGUAAAUCAUUAUGCGCCACAAACAAAGAGUGAAUCAACCGAUCUCAACAACCACGAACCGAGGCACCACUGGGAUGUGAAUCAAGAUGGGCAUGCCCAAUACGCGACAGCAGCCUAG